UGCCCGGCCGCCACCGCACCCCGCACCUGCUCCCCAGCAACCUCGCGCAGCUCUCGGCGCAAUGGACCCGGCGUUGGCCGCGCAGAUAAGCGAGGCGGUGGCGGAGAAGAUGCUUCAGUACCGGCGAGACGAGUCAGGAUGGAAGAUUUGCCGGGAAGGCAACGGAGUUUCAGUUUCCUGGAGGCCGUCUGUGGAGUUUCCAGGGAACCUGUACCGAGGAGAAGGCAUUGUGAAUGGGACACCAGAGCAGGUGUGGGACUGUGUGAAACCACUUGCUGGGACCCUACGAGAUAAGUGGGAUGAGAAUGUGAACAGUUUUGAAAUUAUCGAAAGCAUCACUGAUACACAGUGCGUCAGCAGAACCACCACCCCCUCGGCCGUCAUGAAGCUCAUCUCUCCCAGAGACUUUGUGGACCUGGUGCUGGUCAAGACGUAUGAGGAUGGGACCAUCAGUUCCAAUGCUACCAGCGUGGAGCAUCUGUUAUGUCCCCCAAAGCCAGGUUACGUGAGAGGAUUUAACCAUCCUUGCGGUUGCUUCUGUGGACCUCUGCCAGGGGAGCCUGACAAGACCAGCCUGGUCACGUUCUUCCAGACCGACCUCAGCGGUUACCUUCCGCAGGGCGUGGUGGACUCCUUCUUUCCCCGCAGCAUGGCCGGGUUUUACGCCAACCUCCAGAAAGCAGUGAAGAAAUUCUACGGCUGACAUCCUGGCUGGUGGGCCGAGAACUGCCAUGACUCGUGCAGAGCUGCCAUUGUUGGGACGCAGCUGGAGAGCCUGGGAGAACACGGGCUUCUUUGGGACUGCUCUACCUUUGGAACCCACCAAUGACCAGUUCAUCUCCAGGGACAUCAGCCAGAGGCAGCCCCGGCCCCUCCUGCUCCUCCUUCCACUUGGGCGGGGCUGCCGUUACCCAAGCACCCCUCCUCCAGCAGGGUGCCCCCCAAGCCCCCCCCGGCCACCGGACAGGGACUCUGCCCGGGCACCGUGCGAUGCUCUCGGGUCCAAAGCCUUUCUGUGCCGAUCACUCUCAGAGACCAUGUUUCCCCGUUUGUCGAGAAGAAUCACCAUCAAUCCCGAAAACCUGGCUCAGCCCCUUGGUGGCAUUCGAGCUCUCAGUCCUGUGCCACAGAUCCCCGGAUGUGUGUUUCUGAUACCGUGCCAGACUCUCCCCCUUAAAAGACGUCAGCCUGGCAAAAUGAUGCUUAAAAAUGAGAUAAGCAUUCAGGAAAAAACACUUCCAGUACUCCUUUUGUUGUCUCUUCUAUUCAAAUCAUUUUUCUCUCUUUUUCCCCUGCAUGAGUUAAAUUUCAGGCGCCCCAGUGAAACCUGGCAGUUUGAAUCUGCCCAGGCAGCGCUCUGGAAUUGAUUCUGGGCUCAGGGCACCUACAAGGGGAACUUGGAGGAGAACUUGUUCUGUUAUAGAAGAUGGAGUAGGAGUCCUCUGGCCUCCAGGACCUGGUGAGCCCGUACUGCUGUCAGCGGGAAGGACGGAAGAGCAGAUGCCCCACCCCCAGCAGUGCUGGCUAAAAUCCCCCCCAGGCUCUGCUGCAAGAUGAAACGACCCCAAACGGGCUAUGCCCAGCCCGGUGCAUCAUCGGAACCAGGGAGCACGGCCUUGCCACCUGGAAGGGGCUUCAGCGGGCACACGACUCCCUUUCCUUCACUCCGGUCAGGGCCACACAGUCCUGUGUGGAAUUCUCCAACAUUCCCUCACAAGCUCCUCCAUGGGCCCACCAACUUGCUGGUGAGGGAGGCCCCACGUGUGUUUGACCAGAGUGCACUCGUAUUGCAGUUUCUCAGGUUACUAGCAGAAAAUUUCCGGAGUCCUCAGCCUUUGCGCCUCCAGAUGGAAAACAUUCCCCUUGUAUCAGAGUAUCUUGCUUCCCCACCUUUGAGUCCUGGGGUGCCUGUCUUCUGAAUGUGCCGAGGUCUGAGCAAGCUUUAAAACGUGAAAGCUCAGUGUCAGGGGGUUAGAAAGCCUUUCUGGGCUCUAACGCAGCUGCAGAUCCCACAAUCAUGCCAUGAAGAUCAUCCAGCUAACUCCCUCUUCUCAUCAAGAAAUCUUCACAGGACUCUUAUAUGUUUUUAGAUUUCACUCAUUCAUUCGCCAAGUACUUAAUGGGUCCUUACCUUGUGCCAGACGUCGUUCUGUAUCAACUCAUCACGAUUUGAUCUCCCAAAACCCAGCCGAUUCUGGGCACGCCAGCCCAGGAGCCCCAGGAAGGUGGUGGUCUUACCAAGAUGGCACCACCUGUGCUGCCCCAUCUGGCCAGGAGGGGAGGUCAGCCUCCCAAGAACACGUCUCACUGGGCCCACUGCAUGGACCGCGCCUGCACCGCUCCUACGUGCAUCUGCUGGCAGUGGGUUAAACUGGUUUGAGCACUGGACCAAGAGUCAGAAAACGUGCAAGUGGUCCCAUCCCUGCCAGUUAGAAAGGAUGCCCUCGGACAGUCACUUAACACUCCUGUGCUUUGGCUUCCUGUCUUUAAAGAAAAUCUGGGGGCAUGAAUACCAGUCCUGGGGUAGCCUGCUUAAGAGUCCAUGCAAAUGAGACGAUGAUGGUGAAUCAGUGAGAUGCUGUACAAAGCCAGGAACGAGGGCUGCCUGGGAGAGACUCUUGGAUGGACUCAUUUCCCUGGGGAGUUAAAGUAGAUCCGGGAUUGUUGUUUGUGUGUUUGCGGUGUUGGGGAUGACUGGAAUCAUUGUUUGCAAAGGCACUGUUUUCUCUGCCUGUUGUCAGAUCUGAAGAAGGUGACCAAGGCGCACUAAACCUCACCUGUAAACUGCAGCAUCAUGACGCUCAA